AUGAUAAAAAAUAUUAUACUGAGAUGUAAAAACAAUAUUAACGAAAAUUUAAACUGGAAAAUUAAUGAUGUAGAAUAUAAAAAACUAAAAUUAAAAUGGAGUGAUAAAAAUUUAUCAUUAAGUAUUUUUGACAUAAAUCCUAGUAAUAAAAAAAAUGAAGAAAAAUUAGAAAUAAAAAAUAUGAGUAUAAUUAAACAUAUUACAAAAACAAAAUAUGAUUUUGUAGUACUAGGAAUUGGAUAUGUAGACUAUCAUAAAAUAUUAAAAUCAUUUAAUAGAGCUAAUUUAGUUCAAAGAAAAAUGAUUGAUUCCAUUCAUUCUAAUUUAAAAAAGGUUAAUGGACAAUAUAUUUCAAUUAUUCAACAGUGUCUUCUUUUAAAUAUUCCACAUUUCUGUUUAGGUAGAGAUAGAUUAACUGAACUCACCAGUAUAGGUACAGCAAUAUUUAGUAAUCCUAAAGAAAUAUUUUCAUUAUUAUAUUAUUUUAUUAUUAAUAGUGAAGAAAAUGCAAAAGGUAAAAAUGGAAUAAUUGAAAAUGAAAAAAAUAAAAGUGAUAAAGAAAAUAACUUGCAAAAUAUAUCUCCCAAUUUUUAUAGAGCAUUAAUUGUUGAAAAUGCCUUAUAUUUAACUUAUAAUUUACAUGCCACCUUACUAAAAAUAAUAAAGUCUAAAUAUUAUAUUCCCUUUGAUAAUGAAAGAAGUAGCAAUAAUAGUAAAAAAAAAAAUUUAAAACAAAGAAUACUUUCUUUUUUCAAUGAAACAACACACGAUCAAAUAAAUAAAUUAAGGAUGCAAAUUAGAAAAACAGAAUUAUAUGGAGAUUUUCAAAUACCCACAGAAAAAAAAGAUAUAAGUAUUUUAAUUAUAUGUGAUAGUGUAUGUGUAGAUUAUUUUUACAAUUUAAUUCAAAAAAAAUUUUCCGUUUGGUAUAAUAUUAGUCCAUUUUAUAAUGAAUUAUUUAAUUUAGAAAAAAAAAAUACUUAUAAAUUUACUUUAUCUUUAUUCUUAUUUAUAAUUGCUCCAAUCUCUUGGACAAUAACGUUUUUAAUUAAAUAUUUAUAUUAUCUUUGGAUAGAAUAUUUUACUAAAGGUAAAGUAAUCACAGUUGGAGGUGAUGUAUUUUUUAAAAAUUCCCAAUUAAUUGAUUUAGAUGAUAAUGAUAUGAUAUCUAAAAAUAAUAAUGAUGAUUUUUUAAAAUCCUUAAAUAAUAAUAAAGUUGAAUUUGAAACUGUAAGUCUUCUAGGUGGUUUAUUACAAUGGUUUAAAAAUAAAAGUAGAAAUUGA